AUGAAAGGGUCGCAAGUGCGUGCAGGCGGCCCUGAGGUCGCCGCCAGAGCCUUUCCGCUGACACUUGCCUGCUGGGGGCGCUGCGUCGGCUGGCUGCUGCGGCAGCGCCCGUCAGACACGGCCGCCGCUGCUGCCGCCGCAACAGCCAUCGUCCCCGCCCGAGAGCUGCUGGAGAAGUUUAUCGUCGCCCGCUACACGGAGCCGCAGCGACACUACCACACGAUGGCGCACCUGGAGGAGAUGCUGGGGUGCUUCGAGCGGUUCCAGUCCGAGGCCCCAGUGGCGCACCGGCUGCCCGCGGCGGACCCACGACGCGUCGUGCUGGAGUUGGCGAUCCUCUUCCACGACGCGGUGUACGACCCAAGGCGCGACGACAACGAGGAGUGCAGCGCGGCGUGGUUCCAGGCCUUCUGGGUGGACGCCCAACGAAUGGCGACGGCGACGGCAGCGCAGGCGUCCCCGUUGGCCUCCGCGGAGGCGCGGGGGAGCGCCGCCCCGCUGCUCUGGGACGACCCCGGCCUCGCACGGGAGGUGGAGGAGGAGGUGGUGCGAUUUAUUCUCCAGACGAAGCACCACAUCUCACUGGAGCCGGACCACACGCACCGGGCGCCUGAGUCUGGCGACCCACCGCCGCCGCCGCUGCAUAUAUUUCUUGACCUCGACCUCGCCAUUCUGGGCAAUGCGGCGGUGCGGUACCAGCAGUACGCACUCGACAUCCGAAGAGAGUACGGCUGGCACAGCGAGGCAGACUUUUGCCGCGGCCGGGCCGCAUUUCUGCGAGGCCUCCUGCAGCACCCAAAGUGGUAUAAGACGAAGUUUUUCUGCGACGCCCUGGAGGCGAGGGCGAGGGCGAACGUUGCUGCCGAGGUUGCGACGCUGGAGGCACGACUGCGACACUUGCCGCCUCCCCACGAGCAGCCCUGA